AUGAGGGUCCUGUGCCUGCACGGCAAAGGCACAAGCGCCAAGGUGUUCGAGUCCCAAACCUCAAACAUCCGGUCCCAGCUCUCCAUCGGAAAUGUCCAAUUUGAUUUUGUGAACGGCCCAAAUGAGACAACAGCUGCACCGGGCGUAGACAUGUUCUACCAGCCGCCGUACUACGGGUUCUGGGAAAAGGCCACCCUCGAAGCGGUCCUGAAGGCCGUCGACUGGCUGAAGGAGUACAUCGCGAAGAAAGGCCCGUACGAUGUCGUGAUGAGUUUUUCGCAAGGCAGUAUUGUGGCCUCUAGUCUUCUUCUCCUCCACCAGAAAGAGUCACCAGACCAGCCCCCUCCUUUCAAGGCGGGCAUCUUCAUAUGCGGCGCUUCAUCGCUGCGGGUUCUGGAAGCCCUGGGCUUCAAUAUCACACAAGAGGCGUUGGCGCGGGACGAAGCGUCGGUUGACGCCCUGACCAAGCAGGCCGAUGUGAGCUCUAUUAUGUCCCAGGGAGCCGAGCGAUGGAAAGGUGACUCCUUCAUGCAGGGACGCUCGGAGGAGGAAGUGCGGGACGAGUUCCAGGGCCCUUUCAAGAUUCAGAUUCCGACUGUGCAUGUGUACGGCGCGAAGGAUCCCCGUUUGGGAGCUAGUUUGCAGUUAGCUGGGCUCUGUGAAUCGAAGAAUCGACGGUGCUAUAGCCAUCAAGGCGGCCAUGAGAUUCCGCGCACAUCCAAUGUGACUGCGAUGAUCACUGACAUGGUGGAGUGGGCACUGGAGUUUGCAGAGUAA